AUGGCCGCCGUGCCCCUUGGCUUUGACAUCGAUGCCCCGCGCUGGGACCAGAGCACCUUCGCGGGGCGCCUGAGGCAUUUCCUCAGCAUCACCGACCCGCGCACGGCACUGGUGCCGGAGGAGGAGCUGGACCGGGCCAAGGCGCUGGUGGAAGGCUGCAGGGCUGGGCUGGUGCCGCCGGGAAGCAGCCAGGAGCAGUUACUCUACGCCAAGAAGCUGUACGACUCGGCCUUCCACCCUGACAGCGGCGAGAAGAUGAACCUCAUCGGGAGGAUGUCCUUCCAGGUGCCAGGGGGCAUGGCCCUCACCGGCUGCAUGCUCCAGUUCUACCGGACAGUGCCCGCUGUGGUUUUCUGGCAGUGGGUGAACCAGUCCUUCAAUGCCAUCGUCAACUAUACCAACCGCAACGCCGCCUCCCCCAUCUCGCUGAGGCAAAUGGGGGUGGCUUACGCCAUCAUCAAUGGGGUGACAGUGACGGAUGGGGACAACAACGAGCUCGGCCACUCCAAAAGGGCGGCGGUGAAGGGCAUCGCACAGGUUGUGGUCUCCAGGAUCACCAUGGCGGCACCGGGCAUGAUUAUUUUGCCCAUCAUCAUGGAGCGACUGGAGAAAUUCCCCUUCAUGCAGCAGAUCCGGGUUCUCCAUGGGCCUCUGCAGAUGCUGCUGAGCGGGGGCUUCCUCCUGUUCAUGGUACCGGCAGCCUGCGCCCUGUUCCCGCAGAGAUGCUCUCUUGCGCUGGCUGACCUCGAGACAGAGCUGCGCGACAGCAUCGUCGCCAAGCACGGGGACAAAGUGCCGUACGUCUGUUUUAACAAGGGACUGUGA